AUGGAGUAUUAUGAAUAUUAUCGUCGUUGGAUGUACGAUAGGACGUUUCCGGGAAGAACUGGACUAAAACCGCAAUUUGUCGAAGGAGUUGACGGAUUUAUUUCAUGGGCAUGGGAGCAAGAAAUCUGUAGAGAUGAGGGAGGAAUUAGAUGUCCGUGUCUAAAAUGUAGGUGCAGACAUAUAAUUACCGAUCCUGGAGAUGUGAAGAAACACCUAAAAAAAGUUGGUUUUAUGCCUAAUUAUUGGGUUUGGACAUAUAAUGGUGAAAUGUUUCAGAAUUUUGGGGCAGGGGUCAAUGCACAAGCUUCUACUAGCCAUGGUGGAACAAAUGUGGAAACAAAUGUGGAAUACAAUGAAGAUGUCAACACAGAUCAAUUCAACAUGAUGGAUGAUAUGGUUGCGGACGCUUUAGGGGUGGAAUUGUCUUACGGUGAAGAUGUUGAAGAUGAUGAAGAGGAACAACCCCCGAAUGAGAAGGCGCAAAGAUUUUACCGAUUGUUGAGUGAAAGUAAUACACCUUUGUAUGAAGGGUCUUCGCACUCUAAGCUAUCUAUGUGUGUGUGGCUUUUAUCUCAUAAGUCGAACUAUCUUAAUCCUGAUGAUGGUAUGGAUGAUAUUACGAAGAUGUUGAAGGCCGUUACUCCGUUCAAAGAUAAUCUGCCAAUGAAUUAUCAUGCUGCGAAGAGGUUGGUGAUGAAGUUGGGAUUAUCAGUUAAAAAGAUUGAUUGUUGUAGAAAUGGAUGCAUGUUGUUCUAUGACAAUGAGUUUGGGAUAAAUGAUGGACCAUUGGAGGAAUGUAAAUUUUGUCAAAGCCCGAGGUACGGUAUUAGCAAGCAGAAACGAGUUGCGGUUAAGUCAAUGUUUUACUUGCCGAUAAUACCAAGAUUACAAAGACUAUUUGCAUCGAUGAAAACUGCUAGUCAAAUGACGUGGCAUCAUUCAAAUGGAAUUCCCGGAGUGAUGCGACAUCCUUCUGACGGUGAAGCGUGGAAACACUUUGAUCGAGUACAUCCUGAUUUUGCAGCAGAUCCACGGAAUGUGAGACUUGGAUUAUGCUCUGACGGUUUUCAGCCAUAUGUCCAAUCCUCGGCAAAACCAUAUUCUUGUUGGCCAAUCAUUGUAACCCCGUAUAAUCUCCCUCCUGAAAUGUGCAUGACAAAACCAUACUUGUUUUUGAGUUGUAUUGUACCAGGACCAGAUAACCCUAAAGCAGGCAUAGACGUGUUUCUACAACCGUUAAUUGAUGAUUUGAAGAGGUUGUGGGUUGGAGAAUUGACAUAUGAUAUUUCUAGAAAACAAAAUUUCAAGUUGAGAGCAGCUUUGAUGUGGACAAUUAAUGAUUUUCCCGCUUAUGGCAUGUUGUCCGGUUGGAGUACUCAUGGUAGAUUUGCAUGUCCACAUUGUAUGGAAAAUACAAAGGCAUUUACUUUGGAAAGUGGAGGGAAGAGUUCGUGGUUUGACUGUCAUCGUCCGUUCUUGCCUCAUAAUCACCCGUUUAGAAGACUUAAGAAUGGUUUCAAGAAGGAUGAGAGAGUUUUUGUUGGUCCUCCACCUAAGAUUACAUCAGAAGAAGUGUGGACAAGAGUUUGUGAUUAUCCAAAAGUUACUGAUUAUGGUCGAGCUGUCCCAAUACCAAGAUACGGAGUAGACCACCACUGGACUAAAAGGAGUAUAUUUUGGGACCUCCCAUAUUGGAAAGAUAACUUGCUCAGACAUAAUCUUGAUGUAAUGCACAUUGAGAAGAAUGUCUUUGACAACAUAUUUAACACAGUGAUGGAUGUCAAAGGCAAAACAAAAGACAAUGAGAAGGCUAGAAAAGACUUACAAAUAUAUUGCAAGAGAAAGGAUUUGGAGUUGAAACCUCAACCGAAUGGGAAAUUGUUGAAACCGAAAGCCAACUACAGCCUAUCUGCCCAAGAAGCGAAAUUAGUGUGUCAAUGGUUGAAGGAUUUGAGAAUGCCCGAUGGAUAUUCUUCUAACAUAGGCAGGUGUGUCGAUGUCAACACGGGAAGGUUGCAUGGGAUGAAAAGUCAUGACUCUCACAUUUUCAUGGAGAACUUUAUCCCAAUUGCAUUUAGUUCAUUGCCCAAACAUGUGCUAGAUCCACUUAUUGAGAUUAGUCAAUUUUUUAAAAAUUUGUGCGCUUCAACCUUGAGAGUUGAUGAACUUGAGAAAAUGGAGAAGAAUAUGUCAAUCAUUAUCUGUCAGUUGGAGCAAAUUUUUCCACCAGGUUUCUUUGACUCUAUGGAACAUCUUCCUGUGCAUCUGGCAUAUGAAGCUAUACUUGGCGGACCUGUUCAAUAUAGGUGGAUGUACCCUUUUGAAAGAUUCAUGGGUGACUCAAAACGAGCAGUUAAAAAUCUGGCCAAAGUGGAAGGAUCAAUUGUUGCUAUUUACACCGCCAAGGAAACCACAUACUUUAUCGGCCAUUAUUUCGUUGAUCGUCUACUUACUCCAUCAAAUACAAGAAAUGAAGUUCAGGUUAACGAUUUACGGGAUCCAUCAACCUUAUCCGUAUUCAAUCUUGAUGGUCGACACGCGGGCAAGGUGCUUCAAUAUUGGAUGGUAGAUCAGAAAGAGAUGCGGUCUGCUCAUGUUCAUGUUUUGAUUAAUUGUGCGGAAGUUAAACCAUACCUUGAGGAAUUUAUUGCUUUUUAUGCGGAGUUUGGUGAAGGAUCGACAGUUGGUUCGAUACAUGAAUAUUUUCCAGCUUGGUUUAAACAAAGAGUGUAUAAUGCCGAGCCAACUGAUGAAGUCAUCCGUUUACGGCAAUUAUCUCAGGGUCCUUUACAAUGUGCCAAUGAAUUUCACACCUACUUCGUGAAUGGAUAUAAAUUUCAUACCCACUCUUGGACGGAAGGCAAAAAGACUAUUAAUAGUGGUGUUUAUGUAAAAGGAGUUACAGAUGGAGGUGAAGAUGAUUUCUAUGGCGUGAUCAAACACAUUUAUGAGCUUUCAUAUAAUGACAAUAAAGUGGUGUUGUUUUAUUGUGACUGGUUUGAUCCCUCGCCUAGAUGGACUAAAAUUAAUAAAUUAUGCAACACUGUUGACAUUCGAGUCGACAAAAAAUAUAAAGAAUAUGACCCGUUUAUCAUGGCACAUAAUGUUAGGCAAGUGUACUAUGUUCCUUAUCCCCCAACUCUACCACGCAAACGGGGUUGGUCUGUUGCAAUCAAAACAAAACCGAGGGGCCGCAUCGAGACUGAAGAACGAAACGAAGAAGUUGCUUACCAAGCCGAUGAUAUGACACAUGUAAAUGAGAUAAUUGAAGUAGAUCAAGUUACAAGUUGGCAAGACUCUCAGGUUGAAGGGGAUCAGGUUGAUCCUUCUAUUUUGGAGAUGCGUAAUGAAGUUGAAGAUGAGAAUGAAGACGUUGUUGAUGAUAAUAAUGAAGGGGACCACCAAGACAAUCAAGUUGAUGAUGGUGAUGUAGAUGAAUAUAACUAUGCAUCUGAUAACAACACUUGA